UUCAGAUAUGCAACCGGACUUAUUACAAGAAAAUACGCCAAAGGACAGGAAAUCAGUGUGAAGAUCCGCAUCACGGCCAAUCAUCAAGGAUGGUUUGAGUUCAGAGUAGGUGAUAUAGGGACCCCUCCCAUCACACAGGCAAAGUUCACUUACCUUUUGAAGACACCCGAUGGCAAGACCAGAGUUCCAUUGAGAGGGUAUGGCUCGAGCCUCGAGACUAUCAAGCUUCGUCUCCCUGCUGACUUGACCUGUAGACAAUGCGUUCUUCAGUGGUGGUGGAAAGUCGGCAACAGCUGGGGAUGCGAGAUGGUGAAUGGAAAGAAGAAAUGUGGUCUGGGAUAUGGUCCACAGGAAACGUUUGUUAACUGUGCUGAUAUUCAGAUAGGAGACGGGGGAGGUCUACCUCCUCCAACCCCCACGGGAGUACCGCCUCCACCCCCUCCCCCAGCGCAGGAACCACCCCAACCCCCACCUCCAACUAAUCUACCCUACCCAUAUGGAUGUAAAGCUACUAAGCCAUGGACGGGAAUGCCAAGCAUCGAUAUAUGCAACGCUGAGGAAAUAAACCUUAAGUUGGCUAAAGAAAGUACACUCCAGCAACUACAGGCAAACGAUAAAGAACGCAAGAUUGGUGCCGUUAUCAGCAACGGUGGAAUGCAGAAACGUCAGUGCCCUAAGAAAUGUUGA